AUGUCUAUUGAUACGAAUAUUGAUAAUAAAUACGGUGAAAGAAUCUUUCAAGAAACUUGCCGCAUCUUGGCCGCUCAGUUGCAAGUGGUCACUUAUAAGGAAUGGCUUCCAAUUGUUCUUGGCCCAGAUCUUAUGAAACAUGAUUUGAACAUUUUAUCAACUGGAUUUACUCAAUAUGAUCCAACUCGAGAUCCGACGAUAACAGACAGUACACUUGACUCAACAAUUCGUGGUCUGAUAGCAACUCCGAUAAGCGCAUGGGGACCUGGAGUUGAUGAGGAUGUUAGAAACCACCUGUACCAAACUCACAAUGAUCGAUUCGGCGGUUAUCUGGUUGCGAUAAACAUAAAAAGAGGUCGUGAUCGUGCAAUUCCAAGUUACACUUCAUCGGUUAAACAUUGUUACUCGAAAGAUAUUAUCGAUUGGUCUCAACUUGAUGAAUACAUGAAACCUAUUCAACGAUCUUGA